AUGUCGAGACGAGUUAUUCCUGUGGCGGAUUGGGCGCCUGUUCAGGAGGCCAUAUUCGACGAGCCCGCAGGCGAGGCUUCGACAUCCUCUUCAAUCACAGCGGUCGACUAUCUUCCACGCGAGCCCAUUGCCGCCGCCUACAAUAAGGACCGCCUCCGAAGCAAAAGCCAUUCCUACUCUCUUUUCUCGCGACGUCGUCCCCAGUCCAUGUUUGGACUUCCUCUCUCCUCGCCCAAGUCCGACGGCACCGGACUUGGUCUCAACAUACAGGGCUUAGCAAUUGAUGGUUCAUCCUCGGCACCAACCCAGUCGCGAGCCAAACAUGGCCACAGUCAGAGUGUCGCCGCCGGUACAAGGACAAGGCAGGCUGCUGGCGAAGACGGCAGUAUCAAGAGCAUCAUUCGCAGGGCUUCCAUAUCGCUGAAAGGAAUGGUCAAUCACAGGCAGAGGCACUCGAUAGCAUAUCCGACUCCGACCGAUGCCUUUGACCAACAGACAUCUGGCAGCCCCGUUGCUAGCCCAAGUACCAGCCCUCGUCCCGGGACUUCUCACUCUGUAUGGGGACGUCGUCUGCGCCAGGCUGCCAGUUUCCGCCAUCAUAGGACGUCCCACGGCGCCGUCGAUGGCGAGCAACCCAGAUUCGACCACACGUUUCCCUCGCUUCCUUUGCCCGGCACCGGCAGCGAGCCUCCCAUCAUUCCUCGCCACACAGGCGCAGCCGCUAAAGCCGCUGCUGCCGCCCAAAAUGAGUCGUUGGGACUUGGACGACCAUCGACAAGCCAGCAACCUCGCCAAAACAAGUGGCUACGUGCGUUCAGCACCGGCGAAGACGCUGGGAACGAUCGCGAGAGCGGUAUCGGUAUUACAGUGACAGCCGCCGACUCAGACACCGAGUUGGCAGUGGAAGACGCGGACUUGAAGGAAGAUGCCAACAUAAGUCGCAUCGACUUCGUCUCAAGCCUGCCAGUCGAACUCUCUAUUCAGAUACUCUCUUAUCUCCACGGCUCUGCACUCGCCAAUGCCACGGUCGUGUCCCGCCACUGGCAUGAGGUUGUUUCAAAUCAACAUGUAUGGCGCGAUGCGUUCCUGCGGGCAAAAACGGGCACCUAUGCGACAACCAAUGCAGUGCAGCCAGGGUGCGGCCAUGGGGUUCCUCCCAUUCAACCUUGUGUAGACUGGAAAGAGGUCUAUCGCGUCAGGGAACAGCUGGACCGUAGCUGGCGCGAUGGACAGGCUAAGCCAGUGUACUUGAACGGUCAUUCGGAUAGCAUCUACUGCCUUCAGUUUGACGAAUCGAAGAUCAUCACGGGAUCUCGUGACCGGACGAUACGAAUCUGGGAUAUGCAGUCACUACAAUGCCGCCUCGUCAUCGGGCCCCCCGAUGUGGUUAACGACGUUUCGCUGCUUCUCGAUGCCGACGGUCAACCAACCCACCAUGCAGUCCACCCAGAUGGCACCCGCGCCAGCCCAUCCAUGCCAGCCGUCACAUCCUUCCCUCUACAUCACGAAGCCUCAAUCCUGUGCCUGCAAUACGACAACGAAAUCCUGGUCACUGGAUCUUCCGACUCGUCAUGCAUUGUUUACUCAGUUCAAGACGGUUACCGUCCAAUCCGUCGUCUCCAACACCAUGGUGCCGCUGUGUUAGACCUUGCGUUUGACGAUCGCCACAUUGUCACCUGUUCGAAAGACGUCUCCAUAUGUGUCUGGGAUCGACACACUGGUGCUCUGCUCCGACAGCUACGCGGCCACGCUGGGCCCGUGAACGCUGUUCAGCUCAGGGGUAACACCAUUGUGAGCUGCAGCGGUGAUUUCCGUGUCAAGCUUUGGAACGUCGAUACGGGCAAGAACAUCCGGGAGUUCGUCGGGCACACCAAAGGCCUGGCCUGCAGCCAGUUUACGGAGGACGGCCGCUUUGUCGCUUCUGCAGGCAACGACAAAAUCAUUCGCAUCUGGGAUGCGAAUACGGGCGAGUGCGUUCGAGAGAUCAAAGCCCACGAUAAUCUCGUACGCAGUCUCCACAUUGACUCUGUGAGCGGUCGUUUGAUCAGCGGAAGUUACGACCAGGACAUCAAGGUAUUCGACAUGGCGACUGGGCGUCAACUACUGGAUUUCCCUAAGUGGCAUGCCAGCUGGGUACUCAGUGCCAAGAGCGACUAUCGUCGCAUCGUCAGCACUGGUCAAGACCCCAAAAUUCUCAUCAUGGACUUUGGUGCCAAUGUCCAAGGCAUUGAGAUGCUCAACAGUGCCCGUGCUGUUGAGAUUGAAGGGGAAUACAUCUGA